GAGAGGGGAGGAGGGGGGAUGGACGCUGCGCACAGAUACCAAAAUAGGAUAGAGCUGCCUGCGUCUGUCGUGCACGGGCUAAAUUGAGGCUCGUGUGUUUAUGAAGAAGAGCGUUCAGAGAGAGGACACACUGUCGAGCAGCACGGGUCAUUCAUGGAAACAGGGUGAAGGAUACCAUGUCACACAAGCAAGCUGAAAUCUACACAUAUGACUUCUGUGAUGGUGACCACCCAGCAGAGCUCCUGGAUGCUCUCAGGCACUUCUACAUCAGUGGCUUGUUUACAGACGUUGCUCUACAAUGUGGCGAGUCUGGGCAGGUGUUUCACUGCCACAAGGCGCUGCUGUCAGCCCGCAGCUCCUAUUUCAAAGUCAUGUUCACAGCUGACAUGAGGGAGAGGUCAAACAGCGUCAUCAAACUCACCGGGGUGGACUGCGGCGUCUUGGGUGUGCUGGUGAAUUAUGUGUACACAGCGCAGGUGUGCAUCACUGAGAGCAACGUGCAGAGCCUGUUGGAAGCUGCUGACCUGCUGCAGUUCCUAUCUGUGAAACAAGCAUGUGAGGAGUUUCUCAUUCGCCUCCUGGAUGUGGACAACUGCCUGGGGAUGCAUGCUUUUGCUGAGCUGCACCUGUGUCCCAGUCUAGAGAGGGAGGCCCGCAGAGUGAUGCUGAGCAGGUUCAUGGAGAUCAUUCAGCAGGACGAGUUCCUAGAGCUGGACCAUGAGAGGAUGAGAUCAGUUUUGGCAGCUCAGAACCUCACAGCGCAGAGGGAUGAAGUGUUGAUAGAUGCUGUAGCCAAAUGGGUGACCCAUGACUUGGAUAAUCGUGUCCACUGUGCUGCAGAGUUGCUGCACUCCAUCCAUCUGGACCUGGAUGAGAUUUACUUCAAGACCACUUUAGAAGUGCACAGACAAUGCUCUCUGAACAGUAAAGGGACGUUUAAAUCUCUGAUCGUUCAGGCUUUAAGAUCCAAUGGUAAGGAGAUGUGUGCAGGCAGAAAAAUGUCUUCCAACAUGUAUAUCAUUGGUGGAUACUACUGGCACCCUCUCUGUGAGGUUCACAUAUGGGAUCCAAUCAGCAACACCUGGGUGCAAGGAAAAGACAUGCCUGACCACGCAAGAGAGAGCUACAGCGUCACCUUACUUGGAGCAAAUAUCUAUGUGACUGGUGGUUACAGGACAAACACUGUUGAGGCUCUGGACACAGUUUCUGUUUAUAACUGUGACUAUGAUGAAUGGACCGAGGCUUGCCCCAUGAUCACAGCUAGAUACUACCAUUGCUCGGUGGCUUUGCAUGGCUGUAUUUAUGCAGUCGGAGGAUACAGAGGAGGAGCUCCAGAGCAAGAGACUGAAUAUUAUGAUCCCCUGAAAAAGAAAUGGUUCCCUUUGGCCAAAAUGAUCCAAGGUGUGGGAAAUGCUACUGCCUGUGUAAUGGGAGAUAAAAUCUAUGUGACUGGAGGUCAUUAUGGGUACAGAGGAAACUGCACCUAUGAAAAAAUCCAAGUCUACAGGACAGAUGUCAACGAGUGGAGUAUCAGCACCAUAAGUCCACAUCCAGAGUACGGGCUGUGUUCAGUGGCUCUCGACAACAAGCUGUAUUUGGUUGGAGGACAGACGACAAUUGCAGACUGCUACGACAUAGAGAGAGACGAAUGGAGGCCAAUAUCGGUGAUGAAGGAGAGGAGGAUGGAGUGUGGGGCGGUGGUAAUGAAUGGCUGUAUUUAUGUAACAGGAGGAUACUCGUACUCAAAGGGGACUUAUCUGCAGAGCAUUGAGAAAUAUGACCCCGAGCUGGACUCUUGGGAGAUUGUGGGGACUCUUCCAAGCCCAACCAGAUCACAUGGAAGUGUUUGUGUUUACAGUGUGUAGUGACAAACUCUGAUCACAUCAUUUUGUUCCAAAUCGAUCAGAUGUUGAACUUAAUUCUGCCAAAGUCUGCAAAUGCCAGAUACACUGUCAGACAAGUUGUUGAUUAAGCACUGUACCUUUAGAGAGCUGCACGUUUGCCAAACUGUGAAUAUAGUCACAAGUAUUUCACGUCAAACUCAGGGGCCUCACAGUUAACACUUAAGUUGACUUUUGAGUAUUUCUCUUUUAAUGUAUUGAAAGUAGAAAGAAGAUGACUGUAUUUUAGUAUUAAUUAAAUCCGCUUUAUAUACACACAGAAUUCACCUCAGACUACUGAUGCACUAGGGGGCUUCAAAUAGUAUUUUCCUUUUUUUAAAAACACAACUGUAUUAUUAAUUGAUUAAAUAAAUCACUACUCGUGUGAUGUGA